CCGGGAUCAUAUGAUUGUUCAAUGAAGAAGCACGUCUGAUAGGCGUCGACUUACUUCUUUGAGCCAGUUUUUAGUUUUCUGGCUCUUUAUCGGUUGUUUUUCGUGUUAGUGGUGCAUAAUAUUACCCUACAGCCAUGGCGCUCAGCGAUGCAGAUGUUCAAAAGCAGAUCAAGCACAUGAUGGCCUUCAUCGAACAAGAGGCCAAUGAAAAGGCUGAAGAAAUCGAUGCUAAGGCUGAGGAGGAGUUCAACAUCGAGAAGGGCCGUCUGGUACAGCAGCAGCGGCUGAAGAUCAUGGAAUACUAUGAGAAGAAGGAGAAGCAGGUUGAACUCCAGAAAAAGAUUCAAUCAUCGAACAUGCUGAACCAGGCCCGUCUUAAGGUGCUCAAAGUACGUGAGGACCACGUACGCAACCUGCUGGACGAGGCCCGCAAGCGCCUGGCUGAGGUGCCCAACGACCAGAAGAUGUACAGCGAGUUGUUGACCACGCUCAUUGUACAGGCUCUCUUCCAGAUCAUGGAGCCAUCAGUGACCCUUCGUGUCCGACAAGCAGACAAGGCCCUAGUAGACUCUGUGCUCGGCAAGUGCCAGGCGGACUACAAAGCCAAGAUCAUGAAGGAUACCGUACUUAAGAUUGACACUGACAACUGGCUGUCACCUGACACCUGCGGCGGAAUUGAACUCGUCGCCAUGAAGGGUCGCAUCAAGAUCUGCAACACGCUGGAGUCGCGCCUGGAGCUAAUAGCCCAGCAACUGUUGCCGGAGAUCCGUACCGCCCUCUUCGGCCGCAACCCUAACCGCAAAUUCACCGACUAAACACUUAGCGGUGAACCAUAUUCACACCUGUUAUUACUAACAAUUUAUUUAAAGUUCAUUAUUUGUAGAACUAAAAUAAUAUUAUAAAUAAGUGUUUUCCUUUGCCUAAUUAAUUAUAUCGUAAUAAUGCGUACAAUUUUAUCGCUGUUUAGAAUGUAAUCUGAUGAAUGGUCCCGUUAAGUCGCCAGAAAAUGUACAACUGAUAAUGUGUGAUCAUGUAAGUUUCUGAUUUCUGGGAAUCGUAUCACCAGAUAGCUUGUAGUCUACACUGUGCAUUAGUUUCGCCUGCUUCAAUAAUAACAACAUCUUACUGAGCAUAAAAUAUUUUACAAACAACAAUUCAUUCAUAUAGCAUAAUGUUAUAUGUAUUUUAGAGGAAGUAGUUUAUAGGAAUUGGAGACGGUUUAAUUAAGAUGUUACCAUUUAUUAAGUCACGCAAGUAACCACUACAUAAAGUUGAUACUGAGACGGACUCCACUUCAACUCGUCCCUGCAGUAUUACUAUAGCACAUAUACACACGCAACGGUAGAUCGGCGUUAUUUCUAUGUGAGAUAUAUAAUGUAUUUUAAUAAUCUUCCCUCUAUGUAUUAUGAACGUUGUUAUUGGAUGUUGUGGAUAAAUAUUUUCGUGUAUACCAUUCAUGUUAUCAGUUAGGAAUAAUUGAAGGCUGUAAGGUUGCAGCGCGGCAGCAGCAUCCCACGCUAUGUCCACUCAAAUCAAGGCAACGAUUUGACUGCGCGCAGGGUGGAGCCGCGCCGGAGCCUUGCAGCCGCACAAUACAUUCCUACUUUAUGUUUAUCCUGGCAAUCUUAACAUUCUGGCUUGCUUUUGACAGUUAACACAGAGCACCAUAGCUCUUGUUACGUACUAAGUAUAUAUUAUUCCCAUAUAGCACUGUUAAAAUCCUUAUGUAAAUAUAUAGAUGUGUUGAAAA